GUAAGUGUUAAAACGUGAACUGUAACAGAUAAGCAACGUUAACAUCUAUGACCUUUUUUACGUUACCGACAGCGAUAUAUACAUAGUUGGUUGGUCGGAUAGAAUGUGUAUGUAGUUUGAUGCUGAACUUCAACCAGUAAGAUGGCAACCGAAAAACACUCACCAAGUGCCAACCAAAUUGUGAUAACAGUGAUAGAAGUGAUAGGUUUUUUGGCGUAUUCUGUGGCGCUAAUCAUCGCCGCUAUUUACAAAGCUUGUUUACCGUCCGCUUACCAACAUAGGAAAAAUAUAAAUGGCCAAAUCGCUUUAAUCACCGGUGGGGGAGGAGGACUGGGGAGAUUACUGGCCCUCAGAUUAGCUAGACUGGGAUCAACUGUGGUAUUAUGGGAUGUUAAUGAAAAAGCUGUGGAGGAAACCGUAGGAUUAGUAAAAGGAGUAGGUGGAAAAGCCUAUGGAUACAAAUGUGAUUUAGCUGAUAAGGAAGAUGUAUAUAGAGUAGCUAAGAAAACACAAGAAGACAUUGGAGAUGUUUCUAUUUUAAUUAACAAUGCGGGUGUAGUAUCUGGACACACGUUGCUCAAUACCCCAGAUCAUUUAAUAAAAAGAACGUUUGAUGUAAACGUGGUUGCUCAUUUUUGGACUGUUAAAGCGUUCUUACCCAAAAUGAUAGAAAAGGACAACGGUCAUAUAAUAACAAUAGCCUCCCUUGCUGGCCACAUUGGAGUACCAAAACUAGUAGACUAUUGCUCAUCAAAGUACGCUGCUGUUGGUUUCGAUGAGUCCUUAAAAAUAGAAUUGGAAAAUCAGGGUAUUAAAGGUAUAAAAACGACAGUAGUUUGCCCUUAUUUCAUUCAACAAACGGGAAUGUUUGAUGCAGUAAAUUCUAAAUUCUUUCCGAGACUGAAAGCAAACGAUGUAGCCGACAGAACUAUCGACGCUUUAUUGAAAGAUGAACAUAUAGUAAUUGUGCCUGGAUAUUUUAGAUGGUUCAUGCCUUUGAAACUAUGGAUGCCUUGGUCAGUGUUGUCUUAUUUUAUAAGCUAUAUGUUACCUGAUGCCGCACCGCAACACCAGCCUAAUCCAAUAGUACAAAUUAAGGAAUCUGAAGAUUCCUUGCCUCAGAAAAUAACUAAUAAUAGUCUCAGUGCCUCUAUAUCACAAACCAAUCCUAGUUUUGACACCAAGGGAAAGGACCUUUAAAUUUUUACAAUUAAAUAAUUAUGUAAAGUUAACAAAAAUACAUUUUAAAAAUGUUUAAUAAAAAUAGUUUUACUU